AUGCCGAAAGAGAUUGUCACUUUCUUAAAUUUCCCUGAAGCUCGUGAAUACACAGGGUACAGUUUCAGAAGGUCCUCGGCUAUAUUACUCGCCGAUUCAGGUGCAUUAUUAACACUAAAACGCCACGGAGGGUGGCCGUCGAGCAGUGUAGCCGAGGAAUACAUAUAUGACUCGUUGAGAAAUAAAGAAGAAAUUAGCUCUCGCAUUACAAGGAACAUACAUAUAACAUUUGGAGUCAAGUGUUGA